AUGAACAUUCAAUUGGCUCUAGUGUUUUGGACUACUACAAGUAUUCUGGCUCACCGUGUCAACAGUGAACUGGAUCCCUGUCAUUCGGAUAUGAUUUCUAUGGUCAAGAUCAAAGCGGCAGGAUUACAACGCCAGUAUUUUUGGAUUUGCUGUGAGUAUUGGAUUCCGACAAAAAGACUUUUAAAACGGACGGUCAGUUCACCGAACAGAUGUAGUGGUCACGUCACCUUAGUACAGCCUGUCGGUCCUAUGGGAGGUUUACAGCGACGGCGAAACCAUCGAGUGAAUAGCGAAUGA